UGUUCACGCGUGCGCAGCGAGCUCUCUGCUAACCGGGCAGCAGUCCACCGCGCGCGCUGACUCCAAGAUGUCGGGCAAGACUUUUCGAGUGAGCGAUGGGGACUGGGUUUGUCCUGAUAAAAAGUGUGGAAAUGUCAACUUCGCACGAAGAACUAGCUGUAACAGGUGUGGAAGAGAUAAAACCACAGAAGCAAAGCUGAUGAAAGCUGGAGGAACAGAGAUUGGGAAAACCUUGGCAGAGAAGAGCAGAGGCCUUUUCAGUGCAAAUGACUGGCAGUGUAAAACGUGUGGCAAUGUCAAUUGGGCUCGGAGGUCAGAGUGCAACAUGUGUAAUACACCGAAAUAUGCCAAGCUUGAGGAACGAACUGGUUAUGGAGGAGGAUUUAAUGAAAGAGAAGAUGUGGAAUAUGUCGACCGUGAGGAGUCUGAUGGUGAAUAUGAUGAGUUUGGCAGGAAAAAGAAGAAGUUCCGCGGUAAAAGCAGCAGCACUUCCUCUUCAAAGGAGACUGAAAAGAAACCGGCACGCAAAGAAGUGGUAGAGGAAGAGGAAGAUGAGGAUGAUGAAGAAGAUGGCGACCUUUCCAAGUACAAGCUGGAUGAUGAUGAUGAUGACGACGAAGAUGGAGAUUUAUCCAAGUACGACCUGGAUGCCAGCGACGAGGACGCCAACGAUGGCAAAGUGGCAAAGAAAAAAGACAGUCGCUCGGGCUCCUCCCGCUCUCGCUCCUCGUCCCGGUCCUCCAGCUCCAGUUCUCGGUCCAGGUCCAGGUCCCAUUCUAGGAGCUCAUCUGGUUCCCGGUCUGCGUCUCGCUCGAGGUCUCGCUCCAGAUCCAGCUCCAGGUCUGGAAAGGGCUCCUCUCCGCAGAAGAGGUCCCGCUCCCCGUCCUCUUCGCCCGAGAGGACGCAGAAGCGCAGCCGCUCCAGGUCUUCAUCUGGAGGGAGAAAGCGGAGGCGCUCUAGAUCACAUUCGUCCGAAAGGUUUGGGUUUCUGUGGAAUACCACAAUGCCACUGACUUCUUUUGUUGUUACACACCUCUCUCCCGGGCCUCUCUCUGGACGCCUCUUAUUCUCACGGCUUAUAUCAAUCAUACAUGAACUGAGCUGCCUCCCGAAGACUAACUCGCUUCCUCUGCCUUCGGUCUUGUGUGUGAUUUCAGGCGCAGCAACCAGUCCUCCAGAUCCUCCGGCUCUGCUUCCAGCUCAAAAAAGAAAUGACUUGGAAGUCCCAGUAUGAUCGCAGAUCAAGUGCAUGUUCUGUUGAGAGCUCAAUGACCACACCCCGACAGUCUUAUGUUCAGAGACGUCCCCCCAGAUAAGUCUUACUUCCACCAUCAUAACUUCCAGGCAAAAGAAAAAUCUCACCCCCAAUCCGUACCAGUGUCUUCGUAUCGGUGUCAGUAAUGAAUCUGUAGUUUUGGGAAGGUUAGAGUACAGAGUGUAGCACAGGUCUUUUCAGCUUUUGUUUUUAAGGUAAGUAUUUUUCUUUUUUUUUUAUGACCAUAGAAGUCGAAGUUUAGUUGGAAAUCAUUUUAACACUUAAGCCAGUCUCACCGAUCAGGUCAUUGAUGACAUUCAGCAUCUAAAAACACCAUCCGAUUUAAGGUACAAGAGUGGCAGAAAUAUUUUUUGUUGAUGAAUGAACUUAAUUGUACACGUGUAAAUAAAUUUCUGUCCACGG